UCGCGGCGGCGGCUACCUCCUCUCCUCUCUUCUCUCUCUUUCUCGUUUCGAAGCAGACGCGGAGGAGAAGGGGGAGGAGAGGGGAGGGGAGAAGGCAAGGUGCUGGGAUUUCUAGGGUUAGGGUUCCGAGGUUGAGGGGGAAGAAGAGGGGAAGGAGAAAGAGGGGGGAGUUUCAGCCAUGGGGAUGAAAUUCUUGAACAAGAAGGGGUGGCACACGGGGAGCCUGCGGAACAUCGAGCGGGUUUGGGUGGCGGAGGAGAAGGAGAAGGAGGAGCAGCGGAAGAUCCAGGAGCUGAAGAAGCAGCAGGACGAGGAGAGGGAGAAGGCCGCCUUCCGCAAGCUCCAGGAGGACGCCGGCCUCAGGCCGAGACAGGAGAGAUUGGACUUCCUCUACGAGUCAGGGUUAGCUGUUGGCAAGGGGAGCUCCGAGGGAUUCCAAGCGCUGCAACCAUCUGCCCCAGCUGCUGCUGCUGCCUCUUCUUCUGCCCAAGCGAGUGCUGGCUCCUCCAAGGCAGCUACUCCAGGUGCAUUAUUUGAGGAUAAGCCCCAAUCUGCAAAUGAUGCUUGGAGAAAACUCCACUCCGAUCCUCUUCUAUUGAUAAGGCAGCGGGAGCAGGAUGCCAUUGCAAGGAUUAAAAAUAAUCCAAUCAAGAUGGCUGAGAUAAAGAAAUCAGUGGAAGCUGAGAAAAAGCAAAAGGAAGAAAAGAAAGAGAAGAGAAAGCACAAGAAGCACCGUCAUCACAAAUCAAAGAGUAAGAAGCAUUACUCAAGUGAUAACUCAGAUUCAGAGGAAAGUGAUGGCAAGGAUGAGAAAAGAAAGAGUGUUCAUUCCUCGGAGCAUAAGAGAGAAGAGAAAAUGUCAAGACCUGACAAGGAUCACAGACAAGAUUCAGAAGAUGAUGAACCAAGGAAAAGACGGCAUGUGAUGUCAGAAGAUGAUAAGCCAAGGAAGUCACGGAAUGAGAAAAAAGGACAGAGAGAAGAUUCAGAAGAUGACAAACCAAGGAAGUCAAGGAGGGAUGGCCAUAGACAUGAUUCAGAAGAUGAAGAACCAAGGAGAAAACACAAGACAUCAGAUGAUGAAGUACCAAGGAGAAAACACAAGACGUCAGAAGAUGAUGAACCAAAAAGAAGACAAUCUGAGGUUUCUGGAGAUAAUGAAGCAAGGAGAAGAAGGCAAGAGAUGCCAAAACAUGUUGAAUAUUCACGACAGGAUCAUUCGGGUGCUGGUGAUAGAAGAGGGAGACACUAUGCACCGUCAGACCGCAACAAUGCCUAUCUAAAGCAUGAUAGUUCAGAUUCAAGGCAUAGGCGACCAGAAUAUGGACGCAGCAAUUCCACUUCUGAACUAGAUUCAGAAGGUCAACGAAGGCAGGAAAGCCAACAGGGCAGGAAUGGUCCUACGUUCAACCGUCGACGGGGUGUCCACCAUAUGUCAGAGGAAGAGAGGGAAGCUCGACUUCGUCAAAUGCAGGCUGAUGCUGAGGUCCACGAAGAGCAAAGAUGGAGCAGACUUAAGAAAGCUGCAGAUGACGAUGCCAAGGAGGCGGCAUCUGUGAACGCAAACCAAUUCAGAGGGAAGAACUUCUUAGAAGAAGAAAAGAAGAGCAUAUUUGGAACCGAGAAGGGAGGCAGCGCCACGAUCGAAGAGAGCAUCCGUCGCCGUGCGUACUACUCGCAGCGCAAUGCUCAUGAGAGCAAUGCUUUCAGGCGGUGACUCCCUGAAGCAGAGCAGCAGCUCAGGCCACAUCGAUGUCUUUGCAUUUGCUUAAGCUCUUUUUACCCCUUCUGGUGUACUGUUACAUGUUUAGUAUGGAAGAAGGAUUUUGAAUGUUGUACAACACAUUGUUCAGAUAUUUUGGAUCGACAGAUUUCUGACCA